UGUUUAUUUCUUUUUCUUUGAGAAAUCUGCACUUAACAAAAAGCAUCUUGAAAGUGUGUAAGAGCUCAUUCUUUAAGAUGAGAGAGGCCAACCUACCGUCUUUCUCAUUCCUAAUCCUCCUCAGUAAUCCUAAUCCAUUUCAGACCUGUAACCUUUCUUAAGCAUCACAUGGGAGAACGUUCUUAAGGCUGCUCAGAACAACUGCAGUAAAUAAAUCGAAGGAUCUGCGCUCCCUGCACAACAACACGUGUUUUAUUCUGCAGCUCUUGAAGGCAAUGGCAGUUUCUUCUGCAUGCCUAAGGGAACAAUUUAAUUAUUCAGAUAUCUGAGGAGGAGUUUCUGAAUCUGUAAUCAAGUAAAUCAGAGACUACUGAUCACUUUGUUACUGAAUGGAGAUUAUAUAAGCAGGAGGAAAAAAAAAAGUGGAGAGCAAGCUGCUUUUGUGCGUAUUUUAGCAAGUCCUUAAGCUAGCAAUUGGUGGCAAGGUAAGUUGUAUUUUUCUUUUCUCUGUAACAGGGUUUUUUGUUCAGAAGUAGUCACUUGGCACCCAUAGUUUGAGGUGAAAUGUCCUUUUAUAUGUCAGGGUGUAUAAAUCUAUGGUUGGGACUUUCUAAGUUCUCCUUUUUGGCUUUGCUGUACCUGUGCAGGUGCAGAGUUCAGUGCAUAUAUAAAAUAAAUUGUUUCACCAUCAUGUUUCCAGCUAUGAGCAGCGCCAAGUCUGGUGUACACGUGGGACGUGAGUAUUUAAUCUAGGAGGGAAAGGAAGGAUCAUCACUUUCUCUAGUGCUAGUGACCAUUUUAUUCUUGUGAAAAUUAUUUGACUUUAUUUAUUUAUUUCGUUGGUGGCUUCUAAGUGCCAUGUUGAUAAAUUUUGUUUCACAUCUUUCCUUUCACUGUUUUCUUCCUAGCAAACUCUCAGUGAGCGCAUUUUGUUUUCUUGUUGCCUUCCAGAUUCUAUUUACCUCUUCCCUCAGUCACCCAAAUGUCUGUAAAAUGUAGUAGUGGGGACUCAGUUGUGCAUGGGAUAUGAAAAAUGUGUAGUCUUAGUUAGGAAAUGUGCUGCUUUGAUGUUAGCUCCAUGUGCUCCUUAUCAGGAGGCUUUUGAUUCACAGGGGAGGAGACCCAAAUUCUGCACAGAUCUGUAGUCUGGACAAGCUCAGUGCUGUUAUAGUGCAUAGAAUUUGAUUCAAAAUGAUGUCACUUGCAUUGGCUUUAAAAUGAUUAAAUUAAUACUUGCAAAAAACCCACUUGCAAUAGGCUUUUGUUGUUGCUGUUUCGGACUGGUAAUUUGUUCACGUUUUGUUUGUAGGGUUCUUUGGUAGUUUUUUUCUUUAAUUGAGACACGAGGAUUUAUGCAAGUUUUCCUUUAUUUGCUUUUAUGUGUUAUUAUAUCAUAGGGUAGUAUUAAGUCAUCAGCUUGUGGUGCAAAAUCAAAUAUAUUAUCCCAUGGCUUGUGAAAUGCAUGUGGAGUACAGCUGUUAGAUAGUUCUGCCUUUCCAGUGCUGACCCAGGUGAAUGGGAAACAUGCAUCUCCUCUUUGCAUCUGAUCUUCUGCUGUUCUGUUAGUUGUCUAUAUCCAUGUGCUGCUUUUCAGUCCAUACGUUUUUUAAUGUUUUAGUUCUGAUGUAACUGCAUACGUGAGGGCUCACCACCUGUUUUACUUAGCGUGUGUUUGUUAGAGGAUGAUCAUUGCAGCACUGCAUCCCAGGGGAGAGUCACAAGCUGAAGGCAAAUGAAUGUAUUGCAGCUUCUCAAAAGAAGGGCAGGAAGCCUGUUUCAGAAGACUUCUGAGUGCACCAGACAAAACCUCAGCAUCUCCGCAUGAGGGGAACAACAGGAAGAACAAGACAAGGAAUAGGGAGCCAACUGUCUCACAUAUGCAUUGUUUUAUCUCAAAUACAUACGUAAUCUAUAUUUGAGGCAAUGCCACUGUCAUUGGGUAUUUCAGCCUGCAUUUUAUGGGUCAACUUUUCUUUGAAACAGUUUUAGGUAUAGGAAGGAUGUAUUCCACUGUGGGGUGGAUGAGGAAAGAUCACAGGUGCUGAGCAGUUGGGUUGACUUCAUUUCUUCCUCACUCCUCCCACCCCUGAAGCAGGUUUCAUUUCUUUGGAUUCUCUGAUUUAUUGCAUUGCACUCUUUUGCUUAGGCUGGGGCCCUCAGAAGAAUCUAAGACAACAAAGUCAAAAAGUGGCUGGCUGCAGGAAUUGCUUGGGAGAGACCUUUUAAACAAAUAAGAGAACUAGGUAGGAGCACUCUACAGGCGCUCCUAAUACUCAAUCAUCCCUCUGUUUGGAUGGCCAGAACUUAUCCUUAAAGUAGGACUGUGCAAUAGCAAAUGGUUGAGUUGGUUGUCUGGUUUCGCUGGAAAGGGUGGAAAUAAGGAAGAGUUUUAUUUUGUGUCUCCUACAGUGAUCUCAAAUUCAAGGUCGUAUUUGAUCAAAACAGAUACGUGGUACCCCUGAACACACUACUCAGCACUGUGGGACAUGUUACAGCAGUUUGGAUUCUGAUCAAAUGCUUUCCUGCACCUCUUGUGUGGUUUUGGUGAUACUGGGCCAGACUGUGGCAUUCUAGGAGUACCAGUUGGACAACAUGGGAUCUGGUAGUUCUGUAAAUGCCAACUACAAGUACUCUCUACAGAAGUCUGAAAAUGCUUUCAAGGCAGCUGUUCUGAUCCAAAGGUGGUAUCGGCGCUAUGUUGCUCGCCUGGAAAUGCGCCGACGGUGCACUUGGAGAAUCUUUCAAUCCAUUGAGUACGCCUGUGAGCAGGAUCAGAUCAAGCUUCACAACUUCUUCAGUUACCUCAUGGACAACUUCACACCAAGCAGCAGUAAAGAAAGGGAUUUUAUCAGUCGCAUGUUCAUAAGUGGAGAAAGCUUCAAAGAGGCAGAGCUGGAGAAGUACUGUGACUAUGAAUCCAUGGAGGUGCCAGACUCCUACACUGGACCCCGUCUCUCUUUCCCACUCCUUCCUGACCAUGCGACUGCCUUGCUGGAAGCUUUCAAACAAAAACAACAGCUCCACGCUCGCUAUGUCUUAAACCUUCUACACGAGACCAGGAAGCACCUCAAGCAAUUGCCAAACAUCAGUCACGUCUCCACCUGCUACAGUGAGGAGGUCACCGUGUGUGGAGACUUGCAUGGCCAGCUGGAUGACUUGUUCCUCAUAUUUUAUAAGAAUGGCCUUCCUUCUCCUUCCAAGUCCUAUGUGUUCAAUGGGGACUUUGUAGAUAGGGGCAAACAGUCCCUUGAGAUCCUCAUCAUCCUCUUUACCUUCCUUUUGAUAUAUCCAAAAGAGGUUCAUCUCAAUCGUGGGAACCAUGAAGACCACAUGGUCAACUUACGGUAUGAGUUCCUUGUGGGGCUAAUGACAAUGUCAAGGGUAUUGCUGCAAAAUCCCACUCAACUUGUGUUCUGUUCCUGCAGGUAUGGUUUCACAAAGGAAGUCAUGCAGAAAUACAAGUUGCAUGGGAAGAAAAUCUUGAAGAUGAUUCAGAAUGUGUUCUGCUGGCUACCUCUGGCCACCCUGAUUGAUCAGAAAGUCCUUGUUAUACACGGGGGUGUCUCUGAUACUACUGAUCUGGACAUGCUUGAGAAAAUCCAAAGGAAUAAAUUUAUUUCUGUAUUGAGAGGGAAGAAAAGAAAAGAGUCAAACAGAAAUGUGGAAAUAAAGGAGAUAAAUGGGGAGAGCCAAGCAAAGCCUGAUUCAGCAGGGAAUGAGACAACGUCCAGCUUACCCUCACAGCCCCGACCAGCCCAGGCUCCCAGCAUGGCCAACAGGGUGGAGUUCUCCAGGUGGGUCCGGCAGACAGUGCAGGAGCAAAUCGAGUGGUGCCGCAAGUUGGUGGACAUCAGCGAUUCGGAGGAGGAGGAGCUCACUUGCUCCAGUUUGGUCUCCUUAACAGAUUUGGAUGGGCCGUGCUGGACUCGGCAAGAGGAGUGGAAGCAGAUUUUAGACAUCCUCUGGAGUGACCCCAUGCCUCAGGAGGGCUGCAGAGAAAAUACGGUGCGAGGUGGCGGCUGCUAUUUUGGGCCUGAUGUGACAGGGAAGAUCCUUGAGAAGUACAACCUGCAGUUCCUCAUCCGCUCCCAUGAGUGCAAGCAAGAUGGCUAUGAGUUCUGUCACAACCGGAAGGUACUGACCAUAUUUUCAGCCUCAAACUAUUAUGAGAUUGGCAGCAACAGGGGAGCUUAUGUGAAGUUGGGGCCAGACCUGGUGCCCCAUUUUGUUCAGUACCAAGCAAACAAGACAGCCCACACCCUCACCAUGACUCAAAGAAUCAGCAGAGUAGAGGAGUCAGCCUUCCGAGCCCUGCGGGAAAAGCUGUUUGCUCACACCUCUGCCCUCAUCAGUGCAUUCAAGCUGUACGAUAAAGACAAUACAGGAAGGAUCACGCUGAGCAACUGGGCAACAGCAGUGGAGUCAGUCUUGCACCUGGGACUGCCGUGGCGGAUGUUGAGACCACAGUUGGUACGCAGCACAGCAGAUGGCAUGCUGGAGUACAAGUCCUGGCUUGAUGAUUUGGCCAUGGAGCAGAGGAGCCAAGAGCACAUCCAGUCAAGCUUGCUGGAAGUUAUCUAUCGAAACAGAUCCAACCUGGAGACCAUAUUCAGGAUCAUAGACAGAGAUCAUUCAGGUCUCAUCUCAUUUGAGGAGUUCCACCAAACCUGGAAGCUGUUCAGCUCCCACAUGAACAUUGAGCUCACAGACGAUGGUAUCAAUGACUUAGUUCGCAGCAUUGAUUUCAAUAAAGAUGGAAACAUUGACUUCAACGAGUUUCUAGAAGCCUUCCGCCUUGUCAAACAGUCCCAGCAGUGAGAACCCAGGGCAGGGCAUCACAUCCAAUGCCUUGUCUGCAAAGCCAGGACUGCUUCCUACCUAACUGCAGAGCGUGCCCGCAGCUACAAACCAGAGGAAGGGAAGGCAGGUUCCUGAUGCUCUUCAUUGAAGACUGGGACCGCCCAGCCAACAGCUGUGAUCCAUGUGGGGAAGGUAAUGAUAAAAUAGAUAAGUUAUACCUCAGUUAUGACUGCAUUGUAAAAGGAACUGUGUUAUAAAUAGAAAACUCUGCUCAAGGGGAGAGGCAAGUUAAUUUCUCUCAUCAAUGCAUGUCAUGACAUUUUACAAGUCUAUUCAAGUUGAGUAAAAUUAAAGGUAUUUCUUGGAGGGACUGCUUUACUAGCUAGCAAUUGCUAGAGCACAGUCUUCCUUAAUAAUAAACUUUUUUCUAGAUGCCUUGUUCAAAGCUGUUCAUCAUGCCUUCUCUAGAUUUUCAGUUCUACUAUAAACAGUGCUAUUUCUGUGACAACAUCUAUUUCUCCCAUUGUUCCUUUGCUUCACUAAGAUAUAUCUACUAAAAUAUGCAGUGGAGCAAUGCAUAGAAAAAAUAAACUACCAUCAUCUCAUAUUUACUGAACAGUCUCUUCCACACGCUCUUAAAUCUGCCAAGGGUACCCUUUUGAUACUAACUACUCCCCAGCUAAAGCAAUGCUGCUUUAUGCUUGAGGUUGUUCAAUUUUGAAGCAUGAUGCCACUGCAGCUUAAAAACCAAUGGGGGAGCAUUUAAAUUUUUAAAGAAAGUGUAAAGGAAACACAGACUCUCUUUCUCUCAUACCUGCAGCAGAAUCAUUCUAGCAGGGGUGCUGUGGCCUUGGUAAUCAUCUUCUUGGGCUAAUGAACAAAAUUCUAUUUCUAAGGUGAGUUCUAAAUGUGCUGUACAACCUUCUCCUUUAGGGAAUUAGGUAUUUUUGUUUCAGUUAUUUUCUGUGGCUUGAGGCAACUUGAGGACAGAAAAGGUGGUUCUCCAGUGCUUCUAGUACCACUCUGCAGUACUUGGUACCAGGUAGGAUCUAAGGGUAUUGGAUUUUAGUUUGGGGACUGAAGCUGUUAAGGAGUGCUGUGGCAUCAAACUGAAUAGCUUGUUACGUGCAGUGCCUAGAGGAAGUGAAAUGCAUUAACUUGGAUUUGCUGGGAGCUUCACAGCUUUACUGACAGAGCUGAAAAGGAGCCAACGUCAUGCACACUUAUUACAAAGUCAGACUGAAUUUAUUAUUUUCCAGAAAUUCAAAAUAAAAAAAAAAAGCAGAAGACAAUAUCUAGACACUGUUUUUAGCUGAGGGGCAGAAAAGCACUGUAAAAUUCACAUAUGUAAACAGUCCAAAGGAAGGGCAUACCCUGGAAAUGCCCCAAAGAACUACCAGCAUUACAAAGACCAACAUAGUUCAGACAUUUCUGUAAAGAUUUAGAUUAGCUCUUUACAUAACAUUACUCAGCUGUUUUGACAAAAACAUGGAAGCAGCUAAGCUUCCACAAACCAAGUCACAAGUGGAACAAUUCCCUCAGCACUGCAUUUCUAAGACAACUCUGCUGUAAUUAAAGAAAAAAAAAAU